AUGUCUUUUGAUAUAUCCAAGCUUCAAGAUCCUCCAAUGCUGUCUUAUUCUUUUAGUGUUUACCAUAUCGACGUUUUUGAAAAAUCAAAAUUCACCGACUAUGACUCCGUGCUUACAAAUCGCUUGGCUCAAGAUCAUGCUAGAGCUACAUACUUAGCAUCAAAGUUCAAAUACCGCGAUACUGAAAUAAAAAAAGACCCCGAUUUUCAAGAGAAGUACGCGCAUAAUUUGAGUAAGAACCAUGACCAAACCCUAAAGGUAGCACCUACUUCAUACUAUCAAAGUCAUUAUGUUGCCCUAUUUAUGCUUGGUAGUGAAAGAAUAAGAAAUUACUUACUAAUAGACACUGGAAGUUAUUUAGUUUGGUGGCAAUGUGCACCUUGUGUUCCAAAUAAAUGUUUUAAACAGGUUUUUAAUACUAUAUAUAAUCGUACCACGUCGAAAACUUUCAAAAGACUUUAUUGUGUUGAGGAUAGUUCAGUUUGUAUAGCUGAAGAUCCACAUUUUCAUUGUGCUUUAAGUAGUAGUUUAUGUUUUUAUGAGACAACAUAUGGAAGUGGACAAACAACAAAAGGUUUUAUGCAAUCUGAGGUUAUUAUUUUUCCUUCAGACAAUACACAAGCUAGGAUUAAUUUUGGUUGUAGUAUUGAUCAAAGAAGUGGUAGUCAAGAUUUCAGUGGUACAUUUUCUGGAAUUGCUGGACUUGGUCGAAGAGUUAGCACGAACGCCAUAGGUGGAUACUCUUUACCAUCUCAAUUAGGGUCGUCUAUAUUUGCAUUAUGUUUACCAAGUUCUACUUCAGUACAACCAUCUGUUCUCACGUUUAAUAAAGCUCCGUGGUCAUAUGGAACCGAGGUGAAACUAGUAAAAAAUCCAUUAAACCCUCAUUUUUAUAAUGUUAAUAUUUUCAAGAUUGUGAUUAACGAUAAAGUUGUUCCAGUGGAACCUUCGUGGUGGAAUAAUGGUAAUCAAGGUGUUAUUGUCGAUACAGGGACACUGAUUACGCGUUUUCCUCAUGAUUUUUAUAUUAUAUUUCGCGACGUUUUUAGACUUGAGGUUAAAGAUUAUGAAAUGGUUGAAGAUGGAGUUGGUCCAUUUGAUACAUGUUACAAAGAUGAUCCAUUUAGCGCUGAAGUAUAUUUCCCAGUUGUGAGGUUUUACUUUGGCAAUAUUUCUCCAAGUCAAGAGCUGAUGGUGAAAAACGCAGUCGAAACUGUGACCGCGGAAUGA